CCGGACGUGGUGGUGAUCGGACGCCAUGCCUCCGCUCGCGUUCCUCGUGCUCAGCGCGUUCUUCACGCUCGCAGGAGGUCAGAAUGGAUAUAAACCACAGUCCGUUCGUGGUGUGAGAGACACUGGCAAACUAUCACUUCCAUCGGGGUGUCUAUUGGAAGGCCGCUGGUUUGCGGACGGCGGACGAGUGGUGACGAGUGAUGCGUGCCUGCAGUGCGCAUGCGCCCGGAGUGCGCUCUCGUGUCGCCGGCGGGCGUGCGCCCCUCUGCCCGACCCCCCGUCCCGCUGCCACAUCUUGCACCGGAAGGAGCAGUGCUGCCCGACCAUUCAGUGUCCUGAUGACAUCAAACUUUUAGAAGAUAAAGGGAAACCAGAAGACACGGAUAUAGCUACGCCAGAAUCCAUAGGAAAUAGUUGCGUGGAAGUAUUCACGGUAUACGCAGCUGGGUCAGCUAUGAGCUCCAAAGUGGCAUGUGAGCAGUGCUUCUGUCUAGGAGGUACUAGGAGAUGUGUGCGGCCCAAGUGUCUGCCUCCACCACCUGGCUGCCAUGCCAGACCUUCGCAUGGGGCAUGCUGUCCUCAGCGGUAUUACUGUGACCAUGCAACUAACGUUGCAGUUAAAGAAAGGAAUCCGCAUGAUUGUAAAACGGCAAAAGGAAAUUGGAUAAGUGAAGGACAAAGAGCGACUGAUGCGGAAGAUGAUGGCUGUGUCCAAUGCUUCUGCUUGCGAGGAACUAUUCGUUGCCAGCAUGCAUCCUGUGCUCCCACUGUGCAGGGCUGCGCCCCACUUCUGCAGCCAGGACAGUGCUGUCCGCACCAAUACAAGUGUAAUCACACCAUGACAAGUGUAUCCCGAAAUCUGUACAAACAGCCUCAACAAUAUAUAAAAACAGGGAGGGAUGAAAAUCGCUCAUUCCAGGCAUCAAAAUCUAUAAAACGUGAAACAACAGUAAAAAUCUCAGGUACAGCAGCAGAUGUCACACAACCAUCAAUAAUUAAUAAAGAAACAACUAAUACUACUACUAUAGUAUCUACAACUCCGACUACAUUGCAUGAUAAUGUAGAAUCCACAAUGGCAACAUUUAUGACUCAAAAAGAUGAAAUAUUAUUGAAAGAUUUAAGUACAACUUCUAAAAAUGAGGCAACAACAGAAACUACGUCUUCAACAGAAUCUACGGACAACUUUCCAACAGAACAGCCAGAAGGUUCCGUAAGAGUCAUGAUAAAUGGUACUAUCAACUGUUCUGCUGAAAUAUCAUCGACUUCUCUAAUAUACAAUAUUACGAAUAUUAAUGACACGCUUAUUCAGAAGCAAGCCCAGCCACGUAUUCCAAUAAUGAAUACACAAGAAAUAGAGGCACAAACGUUUCCAGCAAAUGAAUUAAUCACCGAGCGGAACUACGAUGACGGUUAUAAUGCCGAAAGUUUUACUAUAAAUGUAACAAGUUCUUUGAUAGCAAAUAAAUCAACAGUUUCGACUUCAACUACAAAAUCGUCAACAUCAUCAUUAAGAACUGUGAAGCCUAUGCUAAUUGACAUGCAUAAUAUAUCCAAGAAGACAAAAGAUGAAACUGACUAUGAUUACCCAGAACACACCUUGCCACCCUCUUUACCAAAUUUAAAAAUUAUUCCGUUUGUAGCUGCUGAUGCAGUAGUGGAUGAAGUAGAAUCUCGCAAGGAAAGCGAUUCUUACACAAUUUUAGAUAGAGAAGAUAAAUUCCCAAUUUAUUACCCUGGCCUUGAUACAAAAGCAACACACUAUGGAACUCAAAAAGAAUCGCCUGAAUAUCCAGUUUUUACGUCUCAAAAAGAUCAAAUGUCUCAAUAUCCGAAACUGACUCAUGAUGUACCGGAGACGUUUUAUGCCGGUAGUGUUGAGGACAUUGUUGAAAGUCCAAUUCAAGAGUUUGCAGUUAGUACAUCUUACGAUAGUUCUUCUGGGGAUAAAUCUAUGGAAAUUAGGCCAACUGACUUGGAAGACAAAACCAAAGUGGAUAAACCAACCCUUAAUUUAUUCUCACCUCCAAUGGAGACUGAAGGUGGUUUUAUCCCGAAAGGUCCAGGUAUAAUAGACGAUUACUACAUGAUACAACACACUACGUCUUCAUCAGAUUCAGUUGUACCACAUCUCACAACAACUUUACCAUUGGAAAAUAAAGACGGUUGCACAUCAAAUGAUGGUAGAAAAUUAUCUGAAGGAGAGUCUAUAAAUCAAGCGUGCUCAAUAUGUACAUGUGCUUGGGGAGAGUUACACUGUUCUCCUCGGCCAUGUAACAUUCCUGCUGGAUGUAUUAGACGUCCUGUUGACUCAAACAUGUGUUGUGGCGAGCUAGUAUGUAAACAUGACAAUAAAACGAAACCUCUCGUCUCUGAUAUAUCCUUUACCACUGAUAAUAUUCUUACACCGAGUUCUGUGAGUGAGAAUAAUAUCCAUUUCAACAAUCAUGAAACAAAUAAUAAUGGUACAACAGUAAGUGACAUACGCAUUACACUUUCAAAAACAAAUGCUGAUGAUAAACUCAGUCAGACUAACAUUACUUCUAUAGAUAUAAUUAAUGUAAAAGCAACAGAACUACCAUAUACAUCAUCUACUGUGCCUCUUAAGAACAUUGAGUCUACAGGAAAUAAAACAAAUACUAAUUACCAAGAAUAUGAAGACGAGGAAGAUGAAGAUGGAUUUUCAUUUGGAAAUGUUUUAAAACUGCUGCUGAGUGAAACAUAUGAAACAACUACAGUCAUUCCUUUUAAAAAGAUACCACCAACAGUAAGUACACCGAAAACCACUACAAUAGUUCCACUAAUAACAAGUAAGAAGCCAGCAAUUUCCCUGCCUCAUCAGUAUUCAUUUGUGCCAUCUAAAAAACUACACAAUAAUGUUAAUAGAAUUGAUCACCUUAUACUAGGAGAGGCUACUGCUAUCAAGAGACCCACUCAGCGUCCCACAUUCAAACCUGUUACAACGACGACAAGAAAAGUUUACCCCUUCACAAGAUCUACUAUAAAACCGACAACAAAAGCAGUAGAGAUUAACAGUAUUAGUGGACAAGUGGGUUCGGUAGAAAUUUCAAGACCUCAAAAUAUGUUGCCUGAUUUGAUUCCUGGCCUUCCUAAGGUAGCUGGAUGUAAUAUUUAUGGGAGAAUGUAUAGAGUAGGGAGAAUUAUAGCUGAGCUAUCAACCGCAUGUCAAGAAUGUAAGUGUACUGAAAUGGGAGUGCAAUGUACAGCGCUUAGUUGCUAAUUUAAUAGUGAUAGCGCUGAGAUAUAAGAAAUAAUGUAAAAGAUAAAAUAACAUAUAGGAUCGGAGCUUUGCCAAGCGUACAAUUACUGGAUGUUUCAAAGUAUCGUAUUGAGUACAAAUAUUUUAUGAAGAGCGGUGGAAAACCAACAAGUUUGUUUCAAAAGCAUUGUCUUUUCAUGAAAAAGGUUAUAAUAAAAAACAAACCGACACAAACAAACAUAAGAAUGUAUAGGAAAAAAGUGAGGAAGGUAUUGCAACAGCCUUACGUAUGAAAUAAAUGAUGGCAAGAAGUGCUUGCAGAGCAGAUUUUAUAAAUUUGAUAUACGAUCAGUUCUACGAUAAGCCCAUAAUAUUGAAUCGUGGAUGAAAAACAUCUCACAAAGCAUAAGCUUGAUGUAAGUACUACUUGGAACUAUAAACAAUCUUAUUACUGAAAAUCAUUCUAACAGAAAUGACAGUAAGACGUGCAAGUGAACUGAAUCCAUUUCCUGUCAGUGUUGUGAAUGUUGACAAUCGUAGUUUGUGUUUAGUUUAAACAAAAAUUUAGAACAAAAUAUGUGAGAUUAGAAUAUUAUAUAAGGCUAUAAUGAAUAAUAUUAAACGUAAGCUUAAAUUAGGUUAAUUUAGUCCAUAUGACUAAUACGCAUAAUGAAGAUGUCGGCUUUGAUCUCAGCUUAAAAUAAAUCUACAGCAGCCUAGCGAAACUAUCUUAGAAAAAAAAGAUUCACUUGAUUGUAUGAAACUGCACUCAUUGAUCGAUUGACAGAUGACGGCUAUAAUCUUGUUAAAAACGGCUAUAGCUUAAAUCCACUACGUCUAAGCAACUUUUGCUUUCAAACUUAGCCGGAUUAUACUUCGUCGCCAAUCGCCGUACUGUAAUUACUACUAUUUCAAACUUGUGUCAAAUCACUGUAUGUUUCAUACUAAACAAAAUUUCAAUUAUCAGAGGUAGUCCUGCCUCCUAUUACGUAAUAUUUACAUCCUCUUUGUUCUACAGUAAGUGUCAAACUCUAGAGCAGGGUCACUAAUCUUUCUUUGAAUGCAAAAAAAAUAAAGGCCCACAGAUACAUUAAGACUUACUGUCACCCCGUGCUGGCCACUAGGUAUUUGAUAAUGGAAAUACUGCCAUUGCUGUGUAAAUAUUUAUAAGUAUAAAAAAGACACCGUCUUGUAAAACCCGACUAUUGCAAGUAACAUAUCACAUUACUUCAUUCAGAUUUUAAAGGGUGCUAGGAACCUAAAAAAAUCGAAUAUUUUAUUUAUUACCUAAGGUAUUGUAAAAUUUAUUUAUAAUGUGGCUUAACAUCUGUUUAUUGAAUAUAAGGGGGCUUACAGUUUUUGAUCAACUUUAGAACCACCCAUCCACACUAAUUAAACAUUGCGCAGGUAAUAAAAUGUUAUGUGCUGUGUUUCGAACAUUAUUUACAAGAAAGAGUAAUAAAAUAUAUUAUUAUGAA